AUGAAUGUGCUCAAGCUACAGAGGAAAUACCCUCAAUUCCAGCAAGGUGACAUCUUUGCUCUGAGCGAUGCCUUCCGGAAGCUCGAUGUCGACGACAAAGGCUACAUAGAAGAGGCUACUGCCAUCAAGGCGACCCAACAGAGCGAGCACCAGCCUUAUGAUGUUGUUAGACAGGCUCUCAAGGAGGUCGAGCUUGACUCUUCCAGACGAGUUGAACUCGAGGACUAUGUCGGUCUGAUUGCCAAGCUCCGAGAUUCAUCGCCGGCACAAAAGCGCAUGAACACGGGCGGCGGCGCUGGCGCUGCUGCCCCCUCACCUGGCAUCGUCUCGCAAAGAACCGGUGGAGGUCACGCCUCCAAGGGCAGCAUCGGCAAGAUCCACGUGCAAGGUUCCAAUGCUAACAUUACACACACCAUCAACGAGGAUGAGCGUACCGAGUUCACGCGCCACAUCAAUGCUGUUCUUGCCGGUGAUGCCGACAUUGGCGACCGCCUGCCCUUCCCUACCGACACUUUCGAGAUGUUCGACGAGUGCAAGGACGGUCUCGUGCUAGCAAAGCUGAUCAACGACAGUGUGCCCGACACUAUUGAUGAGCGUGUCAUGAACGUGCCUGGAAGGAAGAUCAAGAAGUUGAAUGCCUUCCACAUGACUGAGAACAACAACAUUGUCAUUGAAUCGGCCAAGGGUAUUGGAUGUUCGGUCGUGAACAUUGGUAGCGGAGAUAUCAUCGAGGUCAGAGAGCACUUGAUUCUAGGUCUCAUCUGGCAGAUCAUCCGGAGAGGUCUUUUGGGCAAGAUCGACAUCAAGCUCCACCCCGAGCUGUACAGACUUCUUGAAGAGGACGAGACACUCGAACAAUUCCUCCGCCUCCCUCCGGAGCAGAUCCUUCUGAGAUGGUUCAACUACCACUUGAAGGCUGCCAACUGGCCACGCAGAGUCAACAACUUCUCGACCGAUGUCAAGGAUGGAGAGAACUACGCAGUUUUGCUUGCCCAGAUUGGACACGAGUAUGGCUGCAGUCGUGCCCCAUUGCAAACACGGGAUCUUCUUCAGAGGGCGGAAGAGGUGCUGCAGGAUGCUGACAAGCUGAGCUGCCGCAAGUUCUUGACACCCAAGUCACUCGUUGCUGGAAACCCCAAGCUCAACCUUGCUUUUGUUGCCAACUUGUUCAACACACACCCGUGCCUCGACCCCAUUACGGAAGAGGAGAAGCUCGAAGUGGAGGACUUUGACGCCGAAGGUGAGCGUGAGGCAAGAGUGUUUACUCUAUGGCUCAACAGUCUGGACGUACAGCCAGCAGUGGUCUCAUUCUUUGAUGAUCUACGUGAUGGCACCAUUCUACUCCAGGCUUACGACAAGGUUAUCAAAAACUCUGUGAACUGGCGACAUGUCAACAAGCGGCCCGCCCAUGGCGGUGAGAUCAUGAGAUUUAAGGCUGUUGAAAACACGAAUUAUGCCGUGGAACUUGGCAAGCAGAACGGCUUCUCGCUGGUUGGAAUCCAGGGUGCCGACAUCACGGACGGUGUCAAGCUCCUGACCCUGGGUCUUGUUUGGCAAUUGAUGAGAAAGGACAUCACCUUGACCUUGUCAGCUCUCGCUCAGCGCUUAGGCAAGCGUGAAAUGUCGGAUGCGGAAAUGGUUCGGUGGGCCAAUGACCAGAGCAAGAAGGGCGGCCGAAACUCGGCUGUCCGCUCCUUCAAGGACAACAGCAUUGCCAGCGGUGUGUUCUUGCUUGAUGUCCUGAAUGGAAUGAAGAGCAGCUACGUUGACUACGACCUUGUCACGCCCGGCAACACUGAAGAGGAUGCCUACAUGAACGCCAAAUUGGCCAUCAGCAUAGCAAGAAAGAUGGGUGCCACCAUCUGGCUCGUACCCGAGGAUAUCUGCCAAGUCCGCAGCAGACUUGUGACGACUUUUAUUGGUUCUUUGAUGGCGACAUCCGAGAAGAUGCAAUAG